CAUUUUGGUUCGGGUUUAUAAUAAAGUGAAAAGAAGAGUGAGUUUUCACCUUUUCACUAAUUUUAUCAACUUUACAUCAUAAAUCAAUGGUAUCAAUGACAUCACAAGGAAGGGGAGACAUCGGAUAAUGAGCAUGUUAAACCAGGCGGCCGUUGAGGCCUUAUGUUCUGCGACAUAUUUGGAAAAUUAUUUGGACUGUCUCGAAACUCUCCCCGAAGAUUUGCAGCGAAGCAUUUCUCAACUUCGAGAGAUGGAUGCACAGACUAACGUAUAUCUUAAUGAGAUGGAACAUCAGCGCGACAUUCACCAGAAGACAGAAUCAGAUGUAUCAAUCAAAAAACAAGCACUCAUAAAGAUCCAGAGGGCGCUGAUCAAAUGUCAGGAAUUAGGGGAUGAAAAACUACAGAUUGUCUCAUCUAUAAUUGAGUUCGUAGAAAAUAGGACACGUCAACUUGAUGGGGACUUGGAAAAUUUAGAUCCAUCCAUCGCAAGCCACAGGCAAGACUUCAGUGGACAUGAUCGAGAGAUCAGCGUCACAGCAAAUCUACCAACUAGACAAAUCUCCGUCAAAAAUACGCACAAAGAUAAACAUGACAAGGUAACUAAUGAACAUUCAACUAAAGAAAAAGAACUUAAACAAAAGGAAAAAGAGAAGGAAAGAGAGAAGGAAGAGCCGCCUCCAGCUAUUGUUAAACAAGAAAAGGAAGACAAAAAUGAAAAGACAGAUAAGGGUGUGAAACGGCAGCGGAGACAAAGGCAGCACCUUGAUAGUACAACAAGUAAAGAAGAAAUUAUAGAGAAAAGGGAAAAGGAUGAGAAGCCGAAGAAAAAGAAGAAACGCAAGACUACUAAAAAGGAAGAAAAGGGUCAAAGUUCACCGGCAGAUAUUCCCAUAGACCCCGACGAGCCAACAUAUUGUCUCUGUGAGCAAGUGUCGUACGGAGAGAUGAUAGGAUGUGACAAUGAUGCCUGUGAGAUUGAGUGGUUUCAUUUUAAUUGUGUACAACUUUCAACAAAACCUAAAGGAAAAUGGUAUUGUCCACAAUGUCGCGGUGAAAAAAGUAACAUUAUGAAGAAGUUUACAUAGAAACUGCUCAAUUUGACAAUCGAUGUUAUUACCCCACAAAAUUUUAGGAUUUUGAGCUUGUUAUAGUAUCGUUGGAUAAGGCAUUCAAGUUGCAUAUCAUAAUUGUGGCAUUUAGCAGUUACAUGUUUUCAGCAUUGAAAUUAUUCAUUUUUUAUUUAUUUUAAUUCUGGCUGGAUUUAACCAGUCACUGUGAGAUUGAAACUCCCCAAGAUGUUCAAACUUCUGAAAAAUGCAACGAAUCUUGCAGUUGGAUGUUGGAACAGUUGAACGAGUGCCUGCUUAUGACUAUACAUCGUUACUUUGACGCAGUGACUGAAUAUGUUGCCAACUUUCAUAUUUCUUGAAACAUGUGGAGAAAAUGUCAACAAAUAUUGAAAAUGGAACAGUGGAAAAAUAGA